AUUCCUUUCUAGAAAAUUUCUUGCCCUCUCAUUGUUAAAGCUCAAAGCUGUCCAGCCUUGUCUGUUUGCAAAGCCUCAAACACAAGCGCACCCCUCCCAGCUUUUCGAGCUUGUUACCCAACUCAUUGAUUGCCCGCCCUGUCGAAUCCUCUCUGAUAAUUCUCUGAUAAAUCCAUUUAUCCAGAUUUUUGGUUUCAAUUGGAUGCUAUUGUGCAAUUAAUCGCAGUUGGCUCUUGAUGCCUUCAUAAUUAUCCUGACAUCCAUCACAACAUCACAAAACUAACAGAACUCACACGCGACAAUACAAAUUAGACGGACCUUGGCAUUCUUUCUUCUGCGCCUAUUUCAAGUGUAACACUGCCUUUCACCGUCUACACACUUACACAUACCCACACAUACCCACACCCAAAUCAACGUUCUUCAUCUAAUAGUUACCUAUUUCAUCCACCGUCUUCCUUUCUUACCAACUGAGUCUUAAGCUGCCCAUUGAUCCAGUUACCGUGACCUCUGCCAACAUUGAUAGCUCGCCACCUCGGACGGAUCAGCCCUAAGACGACGUCACCAGCUACCAAAUAUAUCUCCAUUCCCGUUCCGGAGUUUCUUGGACUCAUCUAACCAGCUCCGACGGCGGUCGAGCUUAGUUCCAAGGCUCUCAAUCCUGGUGCCAUAUCUUGAUUAUAAUACAGCAUUCUCUAGACUGUCUUAUCGCCUCAUGCUACCUGAAUGAUCGAGAAGGCCCCUACACAUUUGGCAACUGCCGACCUUACUCCAGUAUCUCCGGCACCUCUUCAUCUGUCCUCUCCUGUAGUAGUACCUAGCCUGCAAGACCAGGCCGACACGCUGUGCACAAUGUCGCUCUCCAACGACGGCCAGGUCCCUUCCGCCUCUGUAGCAGCUGUGGAACAAGUUGAAGCACCAUAUCAGAACAGCCUCCCUGCCAGUACCAGUCAAGAUAAUACUUAUAGUACCGACAAUGCUAUUUUACGUCGGGACAGUUUCGCCGACGAUAUUAACGGUGCUGGGAAUCAGGGUGAAGGAGCUGCAUUGCUCGGAGGUGAAAGAGACGCCCAGCACCAUAGCCUGCAGAAUGGUGCUGAGGUCCAGCAAGAUGUAUCCAACACGAUCGAAUCCAGUAUUAGUUCUGUUACGUCUGAUUCCUUUACAAAUGGUUCUGAAGUCGCCGCUCCUUCACAUGACCUCUUUUCUACAAGCCCUGCUCAGUCCGUGCACCAGCCUGCCUUAAACUUGAGCCCAUCAGGAGCCCAAGAGCCGCAAAAGCCACAAGAAAAGGCUGUAAUUAAUUCGUCGACGGACGAUUCCGAUGUACCUCAGCCACCUUCAGCAGCGCCCGCUGGGGAGGAUGAUCGCCCUUCAAAUGCUGCCAAUAAUGAGCAAGACAUCCAGAACAUCCUCGAUAAGAUUAUAGGAAAUGCGUCCGUGGGUAAUGCCAGUCAAACAGUGGUUCCGCAGAGUUCUGCCAACAUUCCUGCUCCCCCGCAAGCAGUAUCAUUGCCACCUAGACCCCCAAUGCCGCAGUUCUCUGCCCAGUCAUAUGUGCAUCCUGAUGAUAGUCUCAAUUACCAAUCAGGAUCAUCCUAUCCUAAUGCCAACGCGCUAUCUACCCUUCCGCCCCCUCCUGGCAAUUACUCUACUGGGGCUCCCGGAACGGCUCUAGAAGCUCGUAAUAGCCUUCCACCCCCUCCAGCCUCAUCUGUUAAUGCCUUGCCAGUUCAUUCGUUCCCGGUGCCCCAAUUUGACCCUGCUUAUGCUGCCGCUAUAGGUACUCCGUCGCAUGCUUCUGACCACUACCCACAAUGGGAAGCCUUUCUCCAGGAAGAACGUCGUUACGUAUCAGAAGCCAAAUGGGACCGUUUCCCAGAAGGAUCAAGAUUAUUCAUUGGCAUGUCUUCGCAACCUAAUCGCAAUGGUUUAACUCCUAACAGUUAUAUAGGGAAUCUGUCUAGUGACCGGGUCUCCAAGAAGGAAGUCUUCGAUAUCUUCUCCAAAUAUGGACGUCUCGCACAAAUUUCUCUCAAACAGGCCUACGGGUUCGUGCAGUAUCACACUCUAGAGGAAGGUCAGGCUGCCAUGGAUCACCUACAAGGGAUAGAAGUUAGGGGGCGUAAGAUUCACCUUGAAUUCUCUCGCACCCAAAAGAAGGAAGGGGACGGAGAGAGGCGAGGAAACAGGGUUAAGAAAGAAAACGAACGUCACGAUGGCGGACGCGGGCGACGUGAUGAUUAUCGCCCAGGUCGGCAGCCAUCCCCGAGACGGGGAAGCCACCGACAGCAGACUUCUUUUGAUGGUAGCCGCGGUUAUCAUGACGACUAUAGCGCUCGUGCGCGCUCAAGAUCUCCUGGUUACGGAAGACGUGACUCAGGUCACUACCGUCGCCGAAGUCCUAGCCCCUAUCGUCGACAUCCAUCUGAAGUAGAGCUCGAUAUCCCUCGUCGCUAUGGUGGUGAUAUUCCUGAUGUGCAGUUUGUACUGCUCCACGAGGUCGACAGAGACUUUAUAAGCUGGACCGAGAGAGCCUUUCUCAACCAGGGGUUAAGGGUGCAGGUUAUGUUCCUUCAUGCUCAUUUACCUCGAGAAGCUGUGAUCCAGCGUCAAGUGAUGGAAGGCGUCCAUGCGGUCGUCGAACUAGAUUAUCGAGCACAACAAACUGGUGCUAUCCCCUUGCAAGUAUUUAAUCGCUCCGGUGGACACGCCAAUGUCCAGUAUGAUCAAUACCAGGACCUUGAUCCCAACAUCGCCGCGCAGCUAGUCUGCCGCGCCAAAGCUCAAGUUCAACCACACAAUCCCUACGGCCUUCAAUAUCCGCCUGUCCAAUAUGCGCAACCCCCGCAACCUCCUUACCUACCCCCGUCAUAUGCUGCCCAACCCUAUCCGCCCGCUAAUGUUCCAACCGGUAAUCCAAAUGGCUCUUUAGAUAAUGCCACAUUGCAGAAGAUCCUAGGAUCUCUCCACAACCAACAAGGUGCUCCACAGGGUUAUCGUCCUGGGCAGUCGGCCGGAGGUGCGCCUGUUGAUGUGAAUUCGGUAUUGGCCAACUUAGGAGGAGCCCACAACAUGGGCGCUGCUGGACAUAACCAGCCGCACAGCGCAGGUUAUCCGCCUGUGCAUCCGAAUGGUGUUCCUAGUGGCGAUUCUUCACAGCACGUCCAAAACAUCAUGGCACAGUUGGCGAGAUACCGGCAGUGAGCUAAUUAAAUUACCCCUGUAUAUAUCCUGAGAUGAGUCACUAGUCAAUCCCGUUUAGCAUCUUGCCACUGUGUGUAGGGUAGAUGCAUCUAUGGGAUUUAUGGACUAAGUGUUGACGCUUUGUAUGCAUAGAAAAGAUGAUAGCUUUUGUCCAUGGCAUGAACAUAAACGCUAUGAUGACAACGUUCGCCGAA